AUGCAUGGCCCCUUCGUCGGUACGCAUCAGACCUUACCAGGCGAGGAGGAUGUUGCAGUGGAGAUGACGGUAGCAAGAACGCGAACAAAUGGCCCAAAACCCAAGGCUACCGCAAUGGACGCUUUGAAGGCUUUAAUCCCCGCAGCCAUUAUGAUCCUUGGUAUCUUUUGGAUCAAUGUAUCCCAAAUCUUUGGUGUCUUCCUCAAUCAAGGCGAAUAUGUCAAGCAGGCGAAAGUUGCCCUUGCUGAUUUUGAUGGUGGUGACUUUGGUACAGCACUGCGCAUUGCGGCGGCGGCGAACAAUCGAUCCUACGAGUUCCCAACCUAUAUCAACGUCGAGACCUCGUCGACGUCUCCAGAUCAGAUCAGGAAGGAUGUUUUCGAUGGGAAGUACUGGGCCGCGAUCGUCGUCCAACCGGGAGCAACGACUCGAUUCGAGGAGGCUGUCAACGGCACCGCCUCUUCAUACAAUCAGACCGAUGUCUACAACUACUAUCUCUUGACAGCCAGAUACUACUCGUUGUAUGCUGGUGGCAUACAGUCAUCCACCAUCACUACUGCAAGCACAGCCGUCGGAAUAUUCAGCGCACAAUUUAUCGGACCCAAACUUGAACGCGGCGAAUUCGCAAACACAACCGCAUCACUGAACGCGCUGACGACUCCAGCACGAGCUGUUGGUGUCAGUGCAUCGAGCCACGAGUUCAGCAACAUGGACGAUAAAGCCUUCCUCAAUACUGUUGGAACUAUCUUUCCAAUACUGAUGCAGUUCUUUUUCAUCAUGGGUUGGAACGGUAUUUGCAACGGCAUCCAUCUCUACGCCGCCUACAAUGUCAAAGCACAUGUCUACGCCCGGUUCUUCUGGAGUAUCUUCUGGCCUAUGGCAUGUGCUCUCUGCUCCACAGGCUGGACGUAUGCUUUCCGCGGCUCCUACCCUUUGACCGCCAAAAUGUUUUUCGCAACCUGGGCUGUCAAUUGGGUGUAUGCCAUGAUCAAAUUCGACGUCAUAGACCUUAUAACUGGCUUUGUGCCCAUUGCCUUUGUAACCUUUGUCUUCCUAAGCUGGGUUAUCUUCAACGUCACUGCUGCCAUAGGUGCACCUGAUAUUCUUCACCACUGGUAUCGCAUCAAUUACUUCUUCCCAUCGCUGCAUUGGUUCCAGACCCUCAUCACAAUUCUCACGUCUGGGGGUGUCAACAGGCUACAUUACAAUCUGCCAACACUUGCAGGCUGGCUUAUCUUGGUGAAGUCCCUGUCACCAUUUGCAACCAGGUACAGGGUCAACAAGGCGAAGCAGGUAUUCAGGUACCUACAUAAUAAGGAUGCUCUCAAUGCUCCACACUAA